AUGACCAACUGGAUGACUUUACAUGAUGCUUCCCGUAUUCAAUCAACACAAGCUUUGGCAGGAUACGAUCUAUCUUCUCGAAGUUUUCCCGCUAGAGCACAAAGAGCAGCCGCUAGGAAUGCACAUAACGAUAGAGAAGAGGAAAACAAUGGUAUUCAAGUCAAUGGCGGAGCUAUAGCCCUUGGUCUCUUGGGCGUCGCAGCUGGUUUAGCUUGGAUUCACCGUGAUAAGCUCCUUGACCCUGAGUGGAGGAAAGAACAACAAGAUAAUGUCAAAGGUUUCCUCGAGGAUGGUAAUCAACGACUCGAAGUCGUCCAUUCUCAACAGACAUCCAACCAACUUGAAGGAAGACGUUCAGUGAUGAAUACGGUAUGA